AUGGCGCUCCCAGAAUCCUUCUUGAUGAAUACUGGACAUCGGAUCCCCUCCAUUGGUCUCGGUACUUUCCAAGCUGUUGCUGGGAACGACGGGGUCGCAGAGGCUGUCUCGAAAGCGCUAGCCCUAGGAUAUCGACAUUUCGAUACGGCUUUCCAAUACGGCACAGAGAGACACAUCGGGCAGGCUAUACGCGAGAGUAGAUGCACCAGAGAAGAGCUAUUCAUAACCUCAAAGCUAUGGAAUACCUGGCAUAAACCUGAAGAUGUUGAAGAGGCCAUGGAUCGGAGCUUAGAAACUCUCGGCACUGAUUACAUCCCUCAUGCGUACCAGGUUGAUUCUGAGCACAAUGCGUUGCGGGAACCGGACGGUAGUGGCAGACCAAUAAUUGAUACGGACUUGUCUCGGAACUACCAAGCUACAUGGACGGCAAUGGAAGGCUUGGUUCACAGCGGCAAGGCUCGCGCGAUUGGACUGGCUAACUUCAGCAUAACGAAGACGAAAAGAAUUUUGGAGACCUGUCAGAUCCGCCCCGCGGCGAAUCAAGUCGAGCUGCACCCCCUCCUCCCGCAGCGUGUCCUAGUCGAAUUCUGCCACCGUCAUGGCAUUCUAGUUAUAGCUCAUCAGCCUUUGGGUGGCGAGCCAGUAAACAAUGGCCGUGAGGGACAUAAUGCCGGCUCCUCACCCUUGAAUCAUCCAACGCUCAUUCAAGUGGGGACACAGUGUGGCAUGACCCCCGCACAAGUCUGCCUGUCGUGGGCUGUUCAGCGUGGCAUUCCAGUUGUGCCAAAGACGGUGAAAGAGGCUCGCAUGGUCGAAAACAGCACCAUGAGACGGCUCCCCAUUGAAUUGUUUGAUCAAGUUGAGAAUGUGCAUGUGGAGACUGGAGAAAUGCGAUUUUUGAAUAUUACAGCCAAGGUUGGAUUCGAUAUCUUUGACGAGACGGCAGAUCAACCAGUGUGA